CAGUUCAUCUCUAUGGUGUUCGUUGUUGUUGCUUCCGGAAAGGGCGGAGCUUUCACUUCCGGCGGGGCCGUCCCUAGAGUAGAGAUGGCGGCGACGGCAGCCGAGGUUGCGGCCUCUGGCUCUGGAGAGGCCCGGGAAGAAGCCGAAGCUCCGGGUCCGGCCUGGGAUGAGUCCCAGCUACGAAGUUACAGCUUUCCGACCAGGCCCAUCCCACGUCUGAGCCAGAGUGACCCUCGGGCGGAAGAGCUCAUCGAAAAUGAGGAGCCAGUGGUGCUGACCGACACAAACCUUGUGUAUCCUGCACUGAAGUGGGACCUCGAAUACCUGCAAGAGAAUAUUGGCAACGGAGAUUUCUCUGUGUACAGUGCCAGCACCCAUAAGUUCUUAUACUAUGAUGAGAAGAAGAUGGGCAAUUUCCAGAACUUUAAGCCAAGGUCCAACAGGGAGGAAAUUAAAUUUCAUGAGUUCGUUGAGAAACUACAAGCUAUACAGCAGCGCGGGGGAGAAGAGCGGUUGUAUCUGCAGCAGACACUCAAUGACACCGUGGGUAGGAAGAUUGUCAUGGACUUCUUGGGUUUUAACUGGAACUGGAUCAAUAAACAGCAGGGGAAACGUGGCUGGGGGCAGCUGACCUCUAACCUGUUGCUCAUCGGCAUGGAAGGAAAUGUAACACCUGCUCACUAUGAUGAGCAGCAGAACUUUUUUGCCCAAAUAAAAGGCCAUAAGAGAUGCAUCUUAUUUCCUCCGGAUCAGUUCGAGUGCCUCUAUCCAUACCCUGUCCAUCACCCCUGUGACAGGCAGAGCCAGGUGGACUUUGACAAUCCUGACUACGAAAGGUUCCCCAAUUUCCGAGAUGUGGUUGGUUAUGAGACAGUGGUUGGCCCUGGCGAUGUUCUUUACAUCCCGAUGUACUGGUGGCACCAUAUAGAGUCAUUACUAAAUGGGGGAAUUACCAUCACUGUGAACUUCUGGUAUAAGGGGGCUCCCACCCCUAAGAGAAUCGAAUAUCCUCUCAAAGCUCAUCAGAAAGUAGCCAUCAUGAGAAACAUUGAGAAGAUGCUUGGAGAGGCCUUGGGGAACCCACAAGAGGUGGGGCCUUUGUUGAACACCAUGAUUAAAGGCCGUUACAACUAACCUGCCAGAGGUCAAGGCCUCCUGUCAGGUGACUGCUAUCCUGUCCACAUGCUUCGUUGAUGAUGAGGACAGGACACUCCAAGCACUAGUAUUGCACGCUGCACUUAAUGGACUGGACUCUUGCCAUGGCCCUGGAGGCAGGUGUCUGAGGCGAGGCAGGGUAGUUGACUCCACUCCCAUUUGGAAAGGUUUCUCACCCUUGCCUCUUGAGCCCCAGAACCUUCCCUCUUUGCCCCCCUGAAGUCCUGCAUUUAGUGUGUGGAGUCCCAGCUUCUGGUUGUAAUCAUGUCUGUGUUAGUCUGUUAACCUCAGGGUGUAUGUGUGUGUGUACAUGUGUGCAUAUGCAUGUGUGUAUACACACACAUGCAUGUAUCUGUUCCUUGUUCCCUCUUCCUGGGUCAGGAUGUCACUUCUGGCUCUCAGCUCCUGUCUCCUGAAGCCUCAGUGCCUCAGCCUGGGAGGAGAGAUGCUCCUGUGUCCCUACAACAUCUGGGCUGUGGUGCCAGAAUGACUCCGCACAUCAGUCUGCCUUCUGCCAGUUUUUGCAGCAUAGUCAGGCUACAAACCAGGUGGCAAUAACUGCUGGGGCCCUAAUGGGGACAUUGAGAAGGAGGUUUAUCUUUGGGAGGUAGCCUUCUAGUGGAAGAGGAUUAGAUGAGAUUCCAGUUGAAAACUACAUGCUUAAGCCAUACAUAGAAGGAAAACUUGGGGACCUGAAACCAGGAUUGUGCAUAUGUCCAAAUACAGGCAUUUGCAGCCGUUCUCUUGAGUACCAGCUCCUGUCCCUGUGCUGCACUGAGGGAUUCUAGCUCUGACUUUUUUGGGCUCCAGGGGUAUGAACCUCUGCAUGUGUGUGUACACAGCUGCACACUUGUAUGUAUGUGUGAUCACACUUGCCAUUCUUCUUGCUCACUAAGGUUCUCAACUGCUAACAUUGUCCAGUGUGACAGUACAGCGUGAACCCCAGAUACUGCCUGACUCAGCCUAGAGCUUUUACACUCAGAUUUUAGCCAUCCCGUCUUGGUCAGAUCUUACUGCAACCUACCUAAAGCUGACUGGCUCAAGCCUCCUAGUCCUGUGUCUUUCCCUGUCUGGACCACAUCCCUGCUCCUGCUGAGUAGAUGAAUUGGGGUCAGACUUAGGCAGCUAACUCAAUACCUUUCAUCCACCUCAGGGCAAGGGGAAAAAAUGUCCUCUUGCCUCUUAUAGCCAGCGCCUCUGCCAGACCCAACAAAGCGUCGCAUGUGAGCUGGAGUAGAGCUGGGAGAGCUUGGAGAUAGAAUUUACUUUUCUGUUGGUAGCUGUUUAUGGGAGCCCUCCUCAGGGCUGCAGCUUAUAGCUGGGCAGCUCAGCGUUACACAACACAGAGCGCAAUCAUUUGUAUCUGUUAAGAGGGAAUGGGGCCCCUGCAGCUUGGCGAGUGGUGGCCCCGUGUCCACUUACCUCAAGUUCCUUCUCUGUCAACCGUCAACCUUUUUUUCUCUAAAAUCGGAGUUGGAAGUCUGAUUUUAUUCUUUUCUUUGUCACCUUUUAAUCCCCUUCCCUGUAGCUUUGACCUCCGGUGUUCAAGCUGUGGGUCUUAGCCCUGAAGCUCAGCUUCAGUGCCCCGUGGACUGAAAAGAUGCUUGUGCACCCUGUGUGCGUUUAGGGGCGGGAGCUUUAGUGCCCCGUUCUGGGGGCUCUGAUGCAGUGUGGUUGUGCAGACCUGGUACCUUCUUGAGUAUGGCUCUUUAAAUACAGCCAGUGCUGGACAAUGUGAUUGCGGUAAAGGCAUGCCUCCAUCUCUUUUGGGAAAGAGGAAUGCAGCAGAAGAGGGGGGCAGAGUGGUAUCAGUUUGGCCACCGUGGUGGAUUUUCAUUCUCCGCAGAUCUAUGGUCCUGGCUCUGCCCUCAAAGGUGUCUGGGAUGUGUGGCAGGGAGUCUGGAUCUGCUCGGUUGACCCUUCAGUGUAACUCUGCUCUCACGGGUCUGACCUAGGGUGGCUGAGGGCAGGGAGAGAGAAGGUGAGCUUAGGCACCAUCACAGGAUUGGCCCUGAUGCUGGGAUGAUGUCAUGGCUGUUCCUGAUCUUAGACACCUGAUGUGUACCUGUUGUUUCCAGCUCUGUCCCUCACAGUGCUGCGUGGUAGCCCCUUUACAGAUGAAGAAACCACUGAGAGUAGGUGAAGAGUGGUAGACAAGAGCAAACCUAAUGCCAUUUAGCUAUAAACCCACUACUCCCCUGCUCCUCCAUUUCUUCCAAAUGCUGUUGGUUCUCUACCUCACCUCAAGCCUCGUUCCCUAGACAGUGUGCAGGUAGACUCAGGCAAGAGGGUGUGGACGGGUGAAAGGCUUUGGGGGUUCCAGCUAGAGACAUGGAAAAGCUGCCUAGAAAGCCAUCUUAACAAGCUAAGGGUUCUGGGAAGCAGCAGAAAAGUGAGCUCCGGCCCUGCUGAGGAAAGGGGUGCUGUAUGCCCCGUAGCUCCUCUCACCACACCUCUGUGUGCUGAGAAGUAGCUCUAGUAACUCCAUUCAUGUUCUGCUGGGCCACUUCCUCCUGGGGAUGGCAAGCAGGGUCUCACCUAGGCUAGGGUCUCAACCCUAGGGCUGUUGAGGCUCCAGUUGUACUUGCAGCAGAGCAGGCAUCUCUAUUGUGUACCCAUUCUAGCCAACGGCCUGGGAGUCAGACGUGCCAAGGAAGGUGGAGAACUGGGCUUGUCCAGGGGUCAGCCAUCUUGCAGGCUCUCGUGUUUAUACCAGCAGUACAGUGAAAACUACUGUUUUGUGAAGUCAAAUAUUUGCUGGGGGGUUAGAGUUAUGGGGUGGAGGAGGGGCUGUUCUGGGCAUCAGUUGAGCAGAUGCCCAGGAUGCCUGGGGGAGACCAGCUUCCCCUACAAAUCAGAGCUCUAAAUUACAAGGUUUUUACCAACGCGAACAGUUGGGGGAAGUCGUCUGCUCUCAUUUGCGUAAUGGUUUCUGUCACUGGUGAUUAGACACAGGAUGAAGGAAAAGAAAUUUGACAAUUAGGAAUGAGCCAUCAUUAAUCUGAAUCUGUUAGGAGACAGAGAGGGGAAGGCUCCUUACUAUUGGGCCAACCUAGUAUGGGGAGACACUCCCUAUCUCUGACCCCAGAAUCUUGUGGGCCAGGUACCCUUUUGGAGUUCCCACAAGUGUGGGUAGAGCUUGCAUGCCUUCAUAGACUGGAGUCCAGUCCCAGCUUGAGGUGGGUUUGCAAACAGACAUCUUUCUGCCUGAGCCCUCGCAGUUGAAGGUAGGUAGGCUGGCUACCACGUGUGCUUAGUUACAGGAAGGAUCUCUGUAGUAGUCAACACUGUUGCGCUCCACCUGUGACAGGGAUCUGUCACUUUGAAGCACUUGAGCUUGUGCGGGAAGCCUGAGCUUCAUCAAACCCCAGACACUGGUGGAAGUUGGAAAGGAAACCGUAUGAAGAGUAGCAGAGCCUAGGUGUGUGCAAGGAGGGGUGUGAGGAAGAGCUGGGUCCAGCACAGGCUGUCUGGGAGGAGACUCAGCCUCUCAGCAGCAUUGUCUUACUCUGGAUCAGCAAGCCACUGCUGUGGGGAACAUUGAGGUUCCUGGCUCAGUGACCCAGUGAUGUGGCUAUUGAAAAAUGGAGAGUCCAGCGUAGAUCUUCCAGUGUUUGCGAGUUACCUCACCACUCACCCCCGUCCCUGUAAACGCCUAAGAAUAUUAGUCUGUACCAAGUAGUGGUCCUCACCAUUAGUGUGUUCCUUAGACCCCAGGCCCCCUCAAGGCUUGGAGGGGGCUCCUCUCUCUCCUUUCAUAAUGUGAACUUCUCAAGGAUGGUGCUAUCUCAGUCCUUGGUAAGUUCCCUACCUCUGUUGUCUUUCAUCCUUCAAAACUUGGUGCAGAAUUUAGCAAGGGCUACCAGCAGGGACCCUCUGACCAGGUGUGGGGAUGGGGAUAGCUCAGGGUUCUAGAGGCCAGGCCUUUCCAGUUCCUGUUUCUCUUGGUGUCCUCUUAACCCAUCUUUAAGAGGAUCCUUGAGCUUUCUCCUACCUAGGCUCUCAAGUGGCCUCUUUACUAAGGCUCUUUUCCUCAAAGACGCUCUCUGGCUCCAAGUGCUGGGCAGCCUGGCUGGAGGAUCCCUCUCCACAGGGUCUGUCCCUGCCCCUGCUUCACUUCUGACCUCAGGUAGCUUUGUUGCUGUGUCCUUGCUGAGUUGCUGUGUCCGUCUGCUCUGUCCACUUACCAUUCCUCGGUCUUUCCAUGCUGGGUCAUUGUCUUACUCUGGCCAUCCUUCCUACUUUUUCUUCAGCCAGCUCUGUUUAAUUAUAGACCUAUAGGGUCCUGCCUGGAGCCCCGUUGAGCACUUUGGGGACGUUUCUGGAGGAACAGAGGCUCAGAAACUGGUGUCCUCAAGGCCCAUGGGCCUGUGGUUAGCGAAGCCUCGGAGACAACUGGGGAGGAACUUGGAGAGGUGAAGGACUUGGUGAGGAGACUUGGAGAAAGAGGCCAGGCUUGGGAAAGCAGGGUGGCAGGAGCGAGCUCUGUGUUUCCAUGAGUGUGUCCUUGUGCCUUAGGGUCCAGCAGUUCAGGGAUGAGGGGCAUUUUCUGAAUGUCUCCUAAUUUCUCUCAGGUCUUUGGCUCAGUGUCACCAAGUUUGACAGACCCCUUCGUUCCUGAGCUUGCUAGAAGGGAAGCAGCACGUUGAGUGGUGUGGUGUGGUGUGGUGUCACGAGCGGAGGCCUCCCAUGCAGAAGGCUGGGGUGGUAGGGACAAGAGAAAGGGCCCAGUGGUCGGCUUCUCACCGAUGACUCUCCAUGCCUCAAGAGACUAAGUAUAGUAGUUGGUUCAAGAAGUUACUCUAAAACUGCCUGCCCUCUUCACCUAAAGUCUCUUCUCAUUUCGGGGAGGAAUGCAAGUCCUUAAUUUUCAAGGGAAGACAGUCAGUCUAGUGUUUAAAAGCAUUGUCUGGGGUCUGGUCCCUUUGGUACAUUUCUAGCUUGCUACUACUUACCAGCUGGGUUUGACCUUGGUUGAUUGAUUGAACCUGAGUCUCGGUUUCCUUUCCUAUAAUGACUUGUGGGGGUGGGGGUUUGAAAAUAUCUACCUCAGGGUUGCUGGAUGAACUGAAAUGAUGUCUGUAAAGCUUUAGCACAGUGCCUGGCAAGCACUUAAUAAACGGCUGUGGUGGUG